CAUGCUCAAUGCGUUGUGUUCCCCUUGACACCCCCUCCAUCAUUUGCCCCGUUGAUCAAACAUGUCGGUUUCACGGCAGGAGCAUGAGCGCCUAGAGGAGAGGUUGGCUCGUGCAGAGAAGGCGGUUAUGAUGCAGGCGGGGCAGAUCCAGGAGCUUCAGGCGCAGGUUGAUGCUUUGCUGCUGGCGCCGGCGCGGGCCGCCCCGGUAGUUCCUUCGGCCACCUUCCGUGAGCGCUCGCGGACGCCGGCGCCGGCCUACUCGCUGGCGAUGCCGAUUCCGGCUGCAACACCGGCGGUCCAGCCCGUCGCGUCAGUCUUUGCGCGCACGCGCCCGGCUCCGGCUCGACGCACAGGCUUCGAUGUUGUGCUCACUCCGGAGCAGUUUGCGGAGCAGAACGGCCUAGACGAGAAGUGCCUGGAGGCGCUGUUGGGCCAAGCGCCCGAAGUUCAGGACUUGGUCAUUAGCCAAGGCCCUGCAGAGGGCAGAAAUCCGUCGGCCAUGGUCAUGGGAAGGAUCGCCAAGGCCAUGCGCGAGUCCGGCUCGGACAUGCAGCAGCAGGUGGAGACCUUUAUAGCGGAAAACUUGUUGGAUGAGAAGUGCGCGGAGGCACUACGAUCGCAAACCCCCGAGUGCCAGGUGGCGGUGCUGAACCAAGGGCCCGCGAGCGGGCGCAACGCCUCUGCCAUGGUCAUGGGCCGCAUUGCCAAGUUCCAGCGCGGAGGUGCGUGAAAGGCUCGGGAGGGGCGCGGGUGCGGAGGAUAUGUCGCGAG